UGCCUGUGUCUGUAAUUAUUCAGGGCUCAGUCCAGUCAUUAUGUCUGCGUUUUCGCGCACUCAGAUUUUCCAUAUGAACUUGACUAACGGAUGAACAGUCAGCUGAAGGGUGCACACAUUUCUAUGACAGCCGACUGCAGCUGACUGUACAUACGGACGAAAGCCCUAUUGAAACUGUAUUGACGUCCCUAGUUGACGCGUUUACUAUCAGGUACGUAAUAUUGACACCUAAAUAAUGUGUAAUCUGUCUAACAAUAAAACUAUGACACAUCAAGGUAUAAAGAACAUACACACUCAUUGUGGCUUUUUCCCUAAUGGCCUAUAAAAUACCCUAGCGAUUUGAACAGAAAUACAGUUCAUUGUUAAACCCUCCACUUAGCAGUGUCACAGACUAUUGGUAGUAUCAUCAUGUUUAAGUUAACACUUCUAUUAGUGUCUGCUAUGGUGGUGGAUGACGGUCUGUGUAGAUUCACAGCCAGUAUGAAUCGAUUGGGGACAUUUGGACAGCACGAGAAGUUGAAGGGUCCUCUGGAAGAACAACUCGGACGUUCCACAGAUAAGAACGCUUCGCAUAUCCCUCCUGAUAAAUUUAUAAUAGAGGGCAGUCCUACAGGCAUAGCGCAGUACCCAUGGCUCGUCCACCUCACCAUGAAAAUCCAUGAACCGAUGGGGACCAACAUAGCGGCUUGUGGGGGAUCCCUCAUCAGCCCACGUCAUGUCCUCACCGCUGCACACUGCUUGGAUUUCGAUAUCAAAAAUUAUGAGGACGUGAGCGUCUACCUAGCAGAGUACAACACCCGGACUUUCCCAAAUGACUGCAGCGGGAGCCAGUGCGUCCAGAACGUGCUGAUGCAUCCAGACAUGGUUACCAUACACAAGCAGUUCGAUCGACGUGAAAUCCGUAACGACAUCGGCAUGUUACGGUUAGCCGGACCCGCUCCUAACUCUGAAUACAUUCGUCCGAUCCCCCUGCCCACCUUCAACAUCAACGACGCCAAAUACGAAGGAACUCCUCUCACCAUCGCCGGCUGGGGUCAGACAGAACACGGUCCAGCAUCGUCUAUCAAACUACACGCACACGUCCAGCUGAUCUCCCCAAACACAUGCAGAAAAUACUUCCCGGUGACUGAUGGCAUGUUGUGCGCAGCAGGGAGAAACGGACAGGACUCAUGUUUCGGAGACUCCGGGGGCCCAAUUAUGGUCGAGCAGCAAGGACGCUUCCAGCUUGUUGGAGUUGUCAGCUAUGGGGAUAGCAAAUGCGGGGGUUCUAAGCCUUCUGUGUACACUAAUGUGUUCUCUUAUUUGGGUUGGAUCCAGAAUACUAUGAGGAAUUAGGUUCGAUCCCAUAAUGGAUUCGCUUUGUUGACGAGUUAAUCAUAUUCUAUUAGUAAUCUAUCAUCUAACUUUUUUAUUACUUAACUUUAAUUUAGGACAUAAAUAUUUAACCCUGAGCCGUCACUGGCAGCGGUAGCCCCUGACAACAGCUAUGUCUCUCCGGGACACUGCUAUAGGGACCGUGCGCGUUGGAGGGUCUGCCAUCUUGUGGUCUGAAUCAGAACCAUAAACAGGCACAUUUACACGUCAAGUGUUUUCUUGUGCAUAGUAGGUUCUGCCAUCUUGUGGGCUACAUCGAAACAAAAAACAUCACAUUUACGCCUCGCGCCAAAAAUCAGACGGCUCCUGUGCUGCCUCCUACAGUUCAUGCACGCUCCCUAUAAUGUUUUUCACAUAGCUUGGGUUCUGCGACAGCUGUCAUCUCAAUACAAUUUCUAACCUUAAAAUGCCAAAUUGACUAUGUCCCUUCGGCCGCGUACGCAACCAGAGCUUCGUAACCAGAUGCGAUCGAAAACUAUUUCUGCCUUGUACGAAACCGGUUGCGAUCAAAAACUAAUUUCGUCUUACCCGUAACCAGUUACGAUCGAACACCUCUCGUUCUUAUACGAAACCAAUGUCUGGGUCAUCUAGCUAUAGGUUUUUUUUUUCAAAUUUUUUGUCAUGAUACUCAUGAUAAUUUCUUAUCCUGAAUGUCAGUGCUCCAUGUCUCUUAAGCCAGUGUCUUUUAAGGAACAAGGUUACAUUGUAUUUGCCAACAAAGUAUUUGAAUAUUAUCAACUGGUACAAUUUUUGUGUUCUGAUUUUUGACUAGAUAUAUAACGUGUACAGUACUUAUACUGUAUAACAAGGUGUAUAAAUAUAAUCUUAGCUGACUUUAUCAACGGUCGAAAGGUUUCGUACAACAAAGAAAAGUGUUCGAUUCGAAAGAAAUUAUCAUGAGUAUCAUGACAAAAAAUUUGAAAAAAAAACCUAUAGCUAGAUGACCCAGACAUUGGUUUCGUAUAAGAACGAGAAGUGUUCGAUCGUAACUGGUUACGGGUAAGACGAAAUUAGUUUUUGAUCGCAACCGGUUUCGUACAAGGCAGAAAUAGUUUUCGAUCGCAUCUGGUUACGAAGCUCUGGUUGCGUACGCGGCCGAAGGGAACUAUGUAUGACAGAGCUGUCUUAAACAGAGACAGCAGGAUUCAUCUAUUUCUGGCAUUUAAAUUAUAUUAAUAUAAUUUAAAACGAGUGGUCAAUACCACUAGAUUCCCAAUUUCUACCGCUCGUAUUUCAAAACUGGCAAUUCGCCGUUAUUCGCAGAUUUUCAAGUGACGAAAUCGAGUGCUCGAUAUUCAAAAAUCAGCCCUCUGUAGGGGAAAAACAUCCGGACAUACGAAUGCUGUUCUGCUCAAGCUUAAACGGAGACUUUCGCUAACGCUCGAUCAAAGAUUUUGUCAUCUGUACCCCUAGCGUAAAUUUAUUCGAUGGCGUAAUUCAUUUUAUAUGGGAUUUGGAGUUUCCUAAACGUUCCGCUUGGCGCGCUGUUUCUAAAUCCCAUAAUAAAUAAGACUUAAUGUAAACGCGUACGUCACGUCACGAAACCGAAUAAAUUUACACUAGGGGGCUCUGGCUGGUAACUGGCGCAGGGAAGGUACACAAAAAUUAGGAUAUGAAAUCAAGAUCAAAAUUUUUAUUCUGUAGGUAAAUAGGUUUAUGCUAACUCUUUUACACUACAUCUUGUGUCUACAUUUUAUAUUUCAAUAUUAUACAUAUUAUAUUACAUUACGUAUAUGUACCCAAUUAAAGUUAUGCAAUUAGUGCUAAUUAAUACUCAGUUAUUAUAAAACAAUCAAAACACUUUCAAGUACCUACAAUAAGCACUGAUUUAAACUUUCACGAUUUAUACACAUAAUUAAAUUAUACGGCCCGAUUCGAAGAAUGAGAUACGAUAAAGAUAAGUUCUGGUUUAGAUAUUUUCUCAUUUAGAUAUCGUUUAUAUGUCGUAUAUUGACGGAAGCAGCUCGAUUCGGGCAACCCAUGUCACUUUGAAGUUAGCAUUAUCGUAGAUAGAUCUUAUUGGGAUCACAGCGGAAUCGAAAUAAACGUCAAUUUCGACAUGUACUUUUAGGUAUCGAUCUUUAAAAGAUAUUUCCAAGAUCUUAAACGUGUCUUAAUCAUUCUUCGAAUCGGGGCGAUAGAAACGAUACUUAAUCGCGUAUUAAGUUUUAAAUUGACUUCCGACGUUUCGAGGACGGCGUUGGCCCCGUGGUCUCAGAGAAGACUGGCUAAAGUUGAAAUCAACAUCUAGCCGCGCUAGUUUUUCGUACUACCCGCACUUGGUCUUGUUUAUCAAUUUGAACGUUUUGCCCACUAGGGAUGUUACUCUAUCGACACACAACACUAACGAUAUUCGAUUUUUCGACUGUCGAUAUUCGUUUCCGCUUACAUUGUAACGUAGAUACGUUACGUAACCUAGGUUAGGCCUAAAACGUACCCUACCCUACGACUCUAAAUCGUCUGCUUGCGGCGGAAUUUUCGGUAGAAUAAAUUCAGUUCUUUAUUUAACUCUCUGUUUUAUUUAUUCACACCGCCAACCGUAGCAACAUAUACUAAUGAGUGUAUUCCAUGUGAAUGAGCCCCAAACCCUCGUACCGAUUGAAAUUGCAAUAUUUCCAGUUAAGCCCCGUUUCUAUAAUGUAUUAAUACCUACACUUCUUGCUUCAAUAUUCCAACAAUUUUGUGCCUUCUAAUAUGCUUAAUUAAAUUACCAAAAGUAA